AUUGGUUGCAGUGUCAUCAUGGCAGAGAAAAAGAUGACGCUAAGCCGGAGGAAUUACCUCAAGAGUUUGCUGCUGCAGAUUGGUCAGGCCAUGUUGGAUGAGGAGGCUGAGCAGGCCGAGGAAGAGAAGAGGAUAUACUUGGAGGAAAACUGCCCUACACUCUCUGUCCCGGGAUGCAUGCAGGAGCUGCAAGAGCUCUGUCGGAAACUUCACAAGCAGAUUGAGCUGGUGGAUGAAGAAAGGUACGACAUGAAUAUGAAAGUGAAGAAAUCUGAGAAGGAGGUCAACGACCUGAAGCUGAUGGUUCAGGAUCUCAAUGGAAAGUUUAAGAAGCCGGCCCUUAAGAGGGUGAGGAUGUCAGCUGAUGCAAUGCUUGCUGCUCUUCUGGGCUCCAAACAUAAAGUGUCCAUGGACCUGAGGGCCAAUCUGAAGCAGGUCAAGAAGGAGGUUAAGGAAGAGAAGAAGCAGACCGGCGACUGGAGGAAGAACGUUGAAGGCAAAGCUGGGAUGGACGGCAGGAAGAAGAUGUUUGAGACCGAGGCCUGAGCUGCUGUGUAGUUUUUCUGCUGUUGGCAAACAUGCUUUGUUUGUGACCACAUUGCUGGAAUUGUUGUCGAUUACAAAAGUUGAAGAAACCAAUAAGAAAGGGUAGUAUUGAAUAAAUAUAUACUGUAAUAUACAAUACUAUACUAUACUAUAUCAUAAUAUAAUAUAAUAUAGUGAGGGCACUGUUAUGUUCUUUGUGACAUUUGGGGUUUGCUUUUCCUUUGUUGCGGCUUGAUUUACUGUUUUGUGGUUUUAUUUGUAUUUCCCUUUUUUUGUUUUGCGCCGUUUGCGUCAGCUUUGCUUUCUGUUUGGGCGGUUUUAGCGAAUUUACAUUGUGUUAUUUAAGUUCAGCCUUUGCGUUUGCUUGAUGCUGGAUCAUUGUAAGUAACUAAGUCAGUAAGUCCGUAUGUUUCUUGAUUUCUCUCAUUACCUAACCUCGAUCCUGACCUCAUGGUAAACUACCGACCGGUGUCCCACCUUCCCUUUAUUUCGAAAAUCCUCGAAAAAAUUGUCGCACAGCAGCUAAAUGAACACUUAGUGUCUAACAAUCUCUGUGAACCUUUUCAAUCCUGUUUCAGGGCAAAUCACUCUACGGAGACAGCCCUCGCAAAAAUGACUAAUGAUCUACUGCUAACGAUGGAUUCUGAUGCGUCAUCUAUGUUGCUGCUUCUUGAUCUUAGCGCUGCUUUCGAUACCGUCGAUCAUAAUAUUUUAUUAGAGCGUAUCAAAACGCGUAUUGGUUUGUCAGACUUAGCUUUGUCGUGGUUUAACUCUUAUCUUACUGACAGGAUGCAAUGCGUCUCCCAUAAUAAUGUGACCUCGGACUAUGUUAAGGUAACGUGCGGAGUUCCUCAGGGUUCGGUUCUUGGCCCUGCACUCGCUAGGCGACAUCAUACGCAAAUACGGUGUUAGCUUUCAUUGUUAUGCUGAUGACACCCAACUCUACAUGCCCCUAAAGCUGACCAACACGCCGGAUUGUAGUCAGCUGGAGGCGUGUCUUAAUGAAAUUAAACAAUGGAUGUCCGCUAACUUCUUGCAACUCAACGCCAAGAAAACGGAAAUGCUGAUUAUCGGUCCUGCUAAACACCGACAUUUAUUUAAUAAUACCACCUUAACAUUUGACAACCAAACAAUUACACAAGGCGAAUCAGUAAAGAAUCUGGGCACAGGUCCGGUGGCCAUGGAUGAAGUGCUGGCUGUCCAGAGUCGGGACCCGGGGUGGACCGCUCGCCUGUGCAUCGGCUGGGAACAUCUCUGCGCUGCUGACCCGUCUCCGCUCGGGAUGGUGUCCUGCUGGCCCCACUAUGGACUGGACUCUUACUAUUAUGUUGGAUCCACUAUGGACUGGACUCUCACAAUAUUAUGUCAGACCCACUCGACAUCCAUUGCUUUCGGUCUCCCCUAGAGGGGGGGGGGGGUUACCCACAUAUGCGGUCCUCUCCAAGGUUUCUCAUAGUCAUUCACAUCGACGUCCCACUGGGGUGAGUUUUUCCUUGCCCGUAUGUGGGCUUUGUACCGAGGAUGUCGUUGUGGCUUGUGCAGCCCUUUGAGACACUUGUGAUUUAGGGCUAUAUAAAUAAAGAUUGAUUGAUUGAUUGAUUGAUUGAUUGUUUUGCGCCGUUUGCGUCAGCUUUGCUUUCUGUUUGGGCGGUUUUAGCGAAUUUACAUUGUGUUAUUUAAGUUCAGCCUUUGCGUUUGCUUGAUGCUGGAUCAUUGUAAGUAAC